AUGGCUUUCCCGGCCAUCUAUCUGACUAUUCUACUAGGCAAUGGUCUGAUUGUGGUGGUGACAACAUGUGACCCUGCCCUUCAGACCCCCAUGUACUUCUUCCUGAGAAGCUUAUCAGGGCUAGAGCUGUGCUACACCUCCAUCACCCUUCCCAAGAUGAUGGCCAGUCUGGCUACUGGGAACCGCUCUAUUUCCCUAAAAGCCUGUGCCUCACACAUGUUCUUCUUGCUUUUCCUGGGUGGGACCAAAUGCUUCUUAUUGGCAGCCAUGGCCUACGAUCGCUAUCUUGCCAUCUGCCUGCCUCUGCGCUAUAUGACUGCCAUGAGCCAUAGGGUGCAGGUGGGGCUGGUGACCGGCUCCUUUGCUAUCAGCUUUCCAAUGCAGCUGGUGCAGAUUGGGCUCAUCUUUUCCUUGCCAUUCUGUGGCUCCAAUGAGAUGGACCACUUCUUCAGUGACAUCCCACCAGUACCCAGUCUAGCAUGUUCUGAUCUCUACACUAAUGAGCUGGUCAUCUACACUGAAAAUGUGCUGUUUGUCCUGGCUCCCUUUGUGCUCAUCUUGACCUCGUCUGUAUAUAUUACUAGGGCUAUACUGCACAUGUCAUCAGCCGCAGGACGCCAGAAGGCCUUUUCCACUUGCUCAUCUCAUGUGAUUGUGGUCAGUCUCUUCUACGGCUCUGGAAUCUUUGCCUCCCUCCUCCCAAAGACUCCUGACUUCACGAAAGCUGACUAG